CGCUGCUACCCGGCGAGACGUCAGUUUGCUAUCGUAUCGCGAAACGGUUGGGUCUCCGUGAGAGCGUGUGUCCUUCGUUAAUGAAAGGAGUGGAACGAGUAAAAGAAAAAAAGAAAGAAAAGGAUAUAUAUAUAUAUACAUAUACAUACAUAUAUACAUAUAUAUAUAUGUAUAUAUAUAUAUAUAUAUAUAUAUAUGUAAAAACGUGAGUGUGAAAAAAAGGAAAUAUAUAGAGAGAGAAUCGUUUGUAUAAUUAGUUUGAAAAUAAACGAUAAAAUGAUGGUGAACGAAGAUUGUUACACUGGUGGUCCAACGUCAAUAAGAGGAUAAAAAUUAAUAGAGAUAGAAAUAGAGAGAGAGAGAGAGAGAGAGAGAGAGAGAGAGAGAGAGAGAAGGGAGGAAUAGAGGUAAAGAGAAAAGGACAGAAGGAGGAAAAAUAUAUAUUCGAGCGAAUUCGAAAAAUAACGAGGUUCGAGAAGGUCCGAUUGGCCUAAUCUCGUUACGAUGCGUGCCGGGAUGAGUUUCCUCCCGCGUACGACAAACCCUCGCGAAUAAAAAAAUAACAAUAACGUUCUUUCACGAGAGUCGCGCGCGUCGCUCCCAGUAGCGUGAAACUCGCGAGAUGCAAGGAGAGGAUACAAGAGUGAAGAGUUCAUGUAACUCGCGUGCAUCUUCCCUCGUUGGCGGGUGAUAUCACGGAGGGAAAAGGAAUAUUUUUAAUGUAUUCUUCGUUAUUUCUCUUAUUAUUCGUCGUCUUGUGCGCGAUUAUUUGUGAAUCGAGAUAAUAAUAAUAAUAAUAAUAAUAAUAAUAAUAAUAAUAAUAAUAAUAAUAAUAAUAAUAAUAAUUAAAUAAUAAUAGUAAAUAAUAAUAAUAAUAUGUAAUAAUAAUAAUAAUAAUAAUAAUAAUAAUAAUAAUAAUAAUAACAAUAAUAAUAACAAUAAUAAUAAUAAUAAUUAAAAUAGAAAAGGUGUCGUUAAAUUUGGUGUGUCGUGUGUACAAGACGAAGACGGUGUCGUCGUCAAGUCGUGUUCAAUGACGGAACAGUGUUAGUUUGAAAGCGCUACCUCUCCUACCUUGGAAGGAGAUAGAAAACACGUGGAAUAAAAGAAAGAAGAAAGAAGAAAGAAGAAAAAAGACGGACGUACGAAGGAAGAACCACGUCGACCGUCGCAUGGACCACAACUUGGAAAGGAAACGAACCUGACCCGCUUGCUGAAACGGGGUUACGCUUCAACGUAUGAGGGAAACGUAUUAUGUGAGGUGAAACUUGCGACGAGGGAAACGAAGAUGUCCACGAUCAGCGUCGCGACAUGGUUACUCGGAGUCGUCGCUCUGACGACGAUUAAUAAUGGCGUUCAUUGUCAAAGCAUUUUGCACGGUAGUAGCGGGAAAAACGGUGGUGAUAGCAGCUACCAACAAAACAGUUUAGAAGACUUAUCACGUUCCGGCCCGUAUUUCGACAAGUCGGCCUCGAAGAACGUGACGGCGCUUCUAGGAAAGACGACGUACCUCAAUUGUCGUGUAAAAAACUUGGGCAACAAAACGAUGACGCUCCAAGUUUCGUGGGUCCGGCAUAGGGACAUUCACUUGCUGACGAUCGGUCAGUACACAUACACGAAUGAUCAGAGAUUUCGUGCGAUUCACAAAGCUCAGUCGGAGGAUUGGACACUACAAAUAAAAUAUCCGCAGCAUCGAGAUAGUGGUAUUUACGAGUGCCAGGUCUCGACGACUCCCCACAUGAGCCAUUUCGUACAUUUGAACGUUAUCGAACCGAAAACCGAAAUACUCGGUGCACCGGACCUUUACAUCGACAGAGGCAGUACAAUCAACCUCACCUGUAUCAUAUUACAAAGUCCAGAACCCCCGGCUUAUAUAUUCUGGAAUCACAACAACGCCAUAAUUAGCUACGACUCGACCAGAGGUGGCGUGUCGGUGGUCACGGAAAAGGGCGACAGUACGACGAGUUUCCUCCUCGUUCAGGAAGCCAAACCGUCUGACUCCGGACGUUAUACGUGUAAUCCCAGCAACGCUCAACCAAAGUCGAUUACCGUUCAUGUACUCAAUGAGUAUCCCGCGGCAAUGCAGCAUGGCGGUCAGGCGAAACAACCGAGGCUCUACUCACUGCUGCUUUGUCUGUGCCUGCUUCUUUAUUAAGGAAGGAAAGAAUUAAGGAGAAAAAUAAGAGGGAUCGUACUCUCUCCGUCUAUCACUCUCUCUCUCUCUCUCUCUCUCUCUCUCUCUCUCUCUCUCUCUCUCUCUCUCUCUCUCUCUCUCUCUUUCUCU